AUGGAAGAAAGCAGCAGAUUGAAAGGAAACGUUGUAAGGGAUGAAUCUUCCAGUAUGCAUCCUAAACUGAGGGGGAAAAGACGGAAUGACGAUUCGUGCGGACUAUUGGAUAGCUCCAGUAAGAGUUUGCCGUAUGAUGGAGCAAUACCGUUACUCUCGCAAACACUGGUGGAACAAACUGAGCAUGUUACCUCGUCUUCCACAGUAUCCAACGCGCCAGUAUCCGCCUUCACCAGUCUUGCAACACACCUUCCAAUUGGCACCAGUGAUUCACAAACAUCGCCAGCACAAUUCUCUUUUGAAGCAUCAGAAACUAAUGCUUUACUGGAAAAAUUAAAAAAACGGACAUUUGGAACAGACCCAGAUUUGAUGACAGCAGCAGGCGACGCAUCAGUUGAACCUACUAUAAACUUAGAUGACUGGAAAGGGAUUCGCGUUCUAGCUGUAUAUACGGAAUCAGGCCCUUAUUUACCAGCUAUUAUCAAAGAAAUUCAUGAUAGUCGAGAAGUUGUUAUACAGUUCGAAGAUGGGAAAGAGCGUGUGUUUGAGGACGUUUUAACUGUGGACAAAGUGAUUUCUGAAAUUAUUCCUGAUCAUGCACCUAAUUUUGAAUCGAUAAAAGAAGGCGACUUAUUAUGCGCUAAGUGGAAUUCUAAAGAGACUGGCUUCGUUCUUGCUGAAGUUGUAAGGAAAGCAUCUGGACCUGUAAUGCUACAGAUGCGAUUGUUUGACGAUCCGACAUCUGAUGCAGUGUGGAUAAGUCGCCCUAAUGUUCGUCUUUUACAUCCUCCAUGGUACGAUGAAUUAAAAGCGAGUAGUAGUUGUAAUAGCUGUGAUAAUGAAAACAGGUCUUCCAGUGCAGUCAGCCAUUGUUUAAAAAAACCUAGUAUCUGUGAAUCGGAUGAAGAACAAAAACGAGAGGAACAGGUAAAUAUGAUUUGA